UUGACUCAUCAAACCGAAUCCCAUCUAAGCAAGUCACUUCCUGUCUCUCUCUCUCUCUAGAAAGUUUUCUCUCUCUCUAGAAGUAUAUACACAGCAACUUAUCUUUUCCAAAACAAUCACAGCCCACAACCUGAAGUUUAGGAAUUAAUUAGAAAGUUUAGAAAUUUAGAGCAGACAUUGAGAAGAGAUGAUGAAACUUGCAUUUGGGUUUUGGUUGUUUCUCUCUCUACUUUCUCUCUCUACCUUAUCUCCAUCAACCGCAGCAGAAACACCAGCUCCUCCCACAACCAACGUAACAACAACGGCAACAUGUCCCUUGGAUCUGAGCUAUGUCCUAAGAAUCCCCUUCAACUCCUCCACCUGCAAAAACUUCCAACCUCCUCCCAAAACCCCACAAAUGGAGUCAGAGGACCCCGCCAAUACCACCUGCUGCCAAACCCUUUUGUCCGUCUAUGGAAUCUCCCUCGCCCAACGCCUAAAAGAAACCUCCCUCUUCAACCUCCCCAACCUCCCCACCUCCAUUUCCUGCCUCCAAAACUACCAGUCCAAGCUCUCCUCCCUCUCCCUCCCUCCCAAUCUUGUCAACUACUGCUGGGACCCUCUCCAGUUUGUCAUCACCCCCAACAUCUGCGCCAACAUUGAGUCCACCAGUGAUUGGGUCUCCAAGCUCGGCAACUCCACCGUCCUCGACUCCGCCUGCCGCCCUGACCUCACCGAUCAAUCCUCCUGCAGGGCCUGCGUCGACGCCGGCUUUGCCACACAGAAGAUGCUGCUUGGCGUUGAUGGUAACUCUUCUCACACUCGGGACUGUUGGUACUUUACUAUUCUUUAUGCUGCUGGUAUUGUCAACGAGUUUGGCCCUGAGAGUAAUGGUGCUGUGAGCUGUAUAUUUGGGUUGUCGUUUGAUUCGAAUGCUUCGUCGAAAAAGAGCAAUACCGCUCUUGUUUUCGGCCUCACUGGCGGUGGAGUUGCGGUGUUUGUUAUGUGUAGUUUGUUGGGAUUGUACUUUUGGUACGAUAGGAGGUGGAAGAACAAAGGGAUGGAAUCCGGUUUCGACUUGGAAGAACUAGAUUCUAGGAGUAGAGUGAGACCAAACACUGGUUCAAUUUGGUUUAAAAUUCAGGACCUUGAGAAGGCAACUAAUAACUUUUCGCAGAAGAAUUUUAUCGGUCGAGGUGGGUUUGCUGUUGUUUACAAGGGUGUGUUGCAGGAUGGGACUACGGUUGCUGUUAAGAAAGUUAUAGAUUCUGAUAUGCAAGGGGAUGCUGAGUUUUGCAAUGAGGUUGAGAUUAUUAGCAAUUUGAAGCACCGAAAUCUUGUCCCGCUUAGAGGGUGUUGUGUUGUCGAGGGGGAAGACAAUUAUGAGGAGCAAGGAAGUCACAGGUACCUUGUCUACGAUUACAUGCCGAAUGGGAAUCUAGAUGACCAUCUCUUUACUUCUCAGCCAAGUAAUCCGAGCGGAACUGAAAGGAGACCCUUGACUUGGCCUCAAAGAAAGAGCAUAAUAUUGGAUGUGGCCAAGGGUUUAGCUUAUCUGCACUAUGGAGUGAAGCCUGCAAUAUAUCACAGAGAUAUUAAGGCGACAAACAUACUACUAGAUGCAGAUAUGAAAGCGAGGGUGGCGGACUUUGGGCUUGCAAAACAGAGCAUGGAAGGCCAGUCCCAUCUCACUACUAGAGUGGCAGGGACUCACGGGUACUUAGCCCCCGAAUACGCUCUUUAUGGACAGCUGACUGAGAAGAGCGAUGUUUAUAGUUUUGGAGUGGUUAUUUUGGAGAUCAUGUGUGGGAGGAAAGCUCUUGAUUUGUCUUUGGGAUCCCCUCGUGCUUUUUUGGUCACAGAUUGGGCUUGGUCAUUGGUGAAAUCUGGAAAAGCCGAGCAGGCUUUAGACUUUUCAUUGGUGAAAGAUGGGGACAACGCGAAUUCGAAUCCAAAGAGCAUAAUGGAGAGAUAUUUGCUGGUCGGCAUUUUGUGUGCUCAUAUAAUGGUGGCUUUACGGCCUACCAUUUUGGAUGCCCUGAAAAUGUUGGAGGGAGAUAUUGAGGUGCCACGGAUUCCAGAUAGGCCGAUGCCCUUUGGUCAUCCUUCAAGUUAUGGCAAUGGCAACAGUAGCACGUUCAGCAUAUCACCAGCUUUGAGCAGCCCAAAAUUACAAAGCGGAGACAUGCUCAGGUUUAACAGAGAGUGAAGCACUUGAUGGGGUUUGAGUCCUUGGAAGAUUCCUACAUAUCUUACGUUUUGAUUAGUUUCAAGAUCGUACGUACAUAGGUUUUGGUGAAAUUUUGAUUCACACUUGUAUAGUAACAGUAAAGGAAAUGGUAAAUACCUAUCAGCUUGUAACUAUAGCCGCAGGAAAUAUUAUUUGUUUUAGUUUUUUUGCUUGUAGUACGUUUUUGUGGGCAACUUGUAACUCGAGAGGUCAAUGUCCAAUGACGGCUUUGCCGCCACUCUCAUCAUAUUUCUUAAUUCUGUAAGAAGUGACUAAAAGGUACAGAGUAAUUUUAAAAUUGGACAUUGUUCUGCAAAAUUAAUGAAUUGAAUUUGGACUUUACAA